AAUUUACAUCAUUUCAAAAUCUUCAUAGAAGUACCUGGCUGGCUGCAGAAAUAAUGAGGGCAGCUCCCAAUUCUGGACUUAAAAGAAGAUGAUGAUGGCUGGGGCUUGUGAGAGUAGUAUUUUGAUGAAACAGGUGGAUUUGCUGAUGUACAGAAAGCAGGCUGCCUCAGAUUGCUUUUCAGUGUGAAAUUAAGAUUGCUAAAGGCAAUGUCAAAGAGGAGUCGUGGAAAGGUUGAAAAGCGUGAAACAGAUAUGGAAGCUUUACAGGCUGCAAAUGAAGAACUAAGGAUGAAGCUGACAAACAUCCAGAUAGAACUACAACAAGAGAAAUCUAAGGUUAGUAAACUACGAGAGAGGGUCCAAGAUAUUAAGCAAGAACGUGAUCAAGAGCAGUACAAGCAUACAGUAUAUGUUUCAGAGCUAAAGGCAAAACUUCAUGAGGAGAAGAUCAAGGAACUUCAGGCUGGACGAGAACUCCUACUAAGGCAGCAUGAGCAAGAAUUAUCACGUGUGAUGAAAGUCAAGGACUGGGAGAUUCAGCGUCUACAGUCCACUGUGAAUAUGCUGAGGGAUGGAGCAGCAGAUAAAGUAAAAGCUGCCUUAAUGAAUGAAGCCAGAGAAGAAGCUCGCAGAAUGUUUGAGGUGGAAAGACUUAAACUGCAGCAAGAAAUACUAGAUCUAAAGGCAGCAAAAAAGCAAGUUGAAGAAGCUCUGAACAAUGUUAUGCAGGCUGAUAAGAUGAAGGCUUCUGAUCUGAGGACUGCCUACCAAGCUCAUCAGGAGGAAAUAAAUAAAAUUAAACGGGAAAGUGAGAAGGAUUUUCGCAGACUAAUGGAUGAGAUAAAAAGUAAAGACAGAGUAGUUUUGGCGCUUGAGAAAGAGCUUGGUGUUCAGGCUGGUUAUGCUCAGAAGUUACUGCUUCAGAAGGAAGCUCUGGAUGAGCAGUUGGUACACGUGAAGGAAACUGAGAAAUAUCAUGGAAGUCCAAAGAGAGAACACCCAGUUGAUAUCACAGAUCUGAUGGGGGUACAGGAGCAGCACUUAGAUGAACGAGAUGUGCGAAGGUUUCAGCUGAAAAUUGGAGAACUGCACUCUGUAAUCAGAAAGCUGGAAGACAGGAACACUUUACUAGCAGAUGAGAGAAAUGAACUGUUAAAACGUACACGUGAAAUGGAAAGUCAGCUAAAGACUCUGGUGGAAAAAGCUAUACGAUCAUCCAAAAAAAAUGAAGAUUUAUUGCAAUCCUUACAGAGAAUGGAAGAAAAACUGAAGAAUGUUGUACGGGAAAAUGCUGAAUUGAAAGAAAAGCUAUCUACACAGCGUUCGUUGAAGCGACACAGUUCAUUAAAUGAUCUGAGUCAGAACCAGGAGAUGCAGGAGAUUGAAUUCUUGAAGCUGCAGGUGCUAGAACAGCAGCAUGUUAUUGACGACCUGACGAUGGAAAGAGAGAGGAUGGUGCGCUCAAAAAUGUUCAAAAGAAAAAGUAUGAAACCACCUAAGAGGCAUGUUGUGGAGACGUUUUUUGGAUUUGAUGAGGAAUCUGUUGACUCUGAAACAUCAUCUGUAACCUCACACACUACAGACAAAACAGACAGGACACCAGCAACACCUGAAGAAGAUUUGGAAGAUAGUAUUCCUAAAGAAGACUCGGAACUGAGGUUUAGGCAGCUGACCAGAGAGUACCAAGCUCUCCAGAGAGCAUAUGCACUACUUCAGGAACAAGUUGGUGGAACGCUUGACGCAGAAAGAGAAGCUAAGACACGUGAGCAACUUCAGGCAGACCUUAUUAGAUGUCAAGCAAAAAUCGAAGACCUAGAGCGUUCUCUGGCUGAAACAGGGCAGGAUUCAACAUGGGUGGAAGAAAAACAGCAGCUCAUCAUAUUCAACCAGGAAUUGUUAGAAAAGAUCCAGAGACUGGAGGCUGAUCAUCUCCAACUAAGGAAUGAGCUACAGGAUGCAAAGGAUCAGAAUGAGCUAUUAGAAUUCAGAGUGCUAGAGCUUGAAGAGCGUGAGAGAUCAUCACCAGCAUUUAAUCUUCAUAUUAAUGCCUUUUCGGACAACAGUGGAAGUGCCCUUCAACUUUUCUGUCAGCAUGAAGGAAUAAAGGAUGUUAGUAUUCCAGACCUGAUGAAGAGGUUAGACAUCCUUGGAGACAAUGGGAACUUACGAAAUGAGGAACAAGUUGCAGUGAUUCAGGCUGGAACUGUCCUGUCGCUUUGUGAAAAGUGGUUGAAACAGAUAGAGGCAACAGAGGCAGCACUGACACAGAAAAUGACAGAUCUGGAAAACGAAAAGGAUCAUUUCAGUAAGCAGAAAGGUUAUCUAGAAGAAGAACUGGACUACAGAAAACAAGCUCUGGACCAGGCAUACAUGAAAAUACAAGAACUGGAAGCUACGCUGUAUAACGCCCUGCAACAGGAUCCUGGCAGAAGAGUGAGUGAGUCUUUAACUGAGAAGCAAAAAGAAGAAUUACAGAAUGCUGUGGAAAAGCUACGGAGGCAGAUUCAGAGGCAAAGCCGUGAGUUUGAUAGUCAGAUUCUGCAGGAGCGGAAGGAGCAACUACAGCAGGCUCACCAGAGGGUUAAAGAACUAGAAGAUAAAAUAGAACAACAGAAGAGACAAAUCAAGGAGAUAGAAGAAAAGCUUUCAUUCUAUGGCCUUGAUGCUACGUUUGUCAUAAGAAAGCAGGUUAAGCAAAACUCAGUGAAAGGAUUGCUCAUUAAAAGAGCAGCAAGACACAGGGAAAAAAAAAGAAAACUGUUUAUCAAAAGAGCACCAAUACAUGGACAAAAGAAGAAACUGUUUAUUAAGGAAACGUUUGAAUUAUACUUUUUAUAAUAUACAUGUUUUGUGUUCAGAUAACUUUACUUGAUAAAUAACAUGGAAGAAUGUUUUUUAUGUCCUGAUUUUCAAACCAGAAUGAAUUAAUUAUUUUAUUACAAAAAUGACUUGAACAACUAAUUUACUAAAAUAUUAUUUUAAUGAGCGAUACAGGAGAAAAGAGAAUAUAAAACUCAAGUGCAAUUAUAUACUGUCUUCACCAAACACGAUUGAUGCACAUUAAAAACUCCAUAUUGCAUGCAAGUUAUAUGAAUGAUGUGCAUAUGAAAUUAUGGAAGACAUAAAGAAUGACUGAAAAGCAUUUACAUAAACUCAGCUCAGCUCACAUGCUUUGAUAUAACCAAAUACAACAGAAGAUGAUAAAGUUUAGUUAAAGUCCACAAUAAUGGAGCCAAAUCCUCUUAAUGCUAAAAUUGGCAUGUUCUACACCGAAGAGGAUGCGACAAUCAGACUCUGCUGACAAGCAGAGAGAAGGAGAUAAAUAUUCUGAGGAAAAGACUUGAAAAAGGGGAGCCACUGAAGAAAAACUGCUGAAUAACUUAUGAGACAGUCGUAUGGAGACAAGCCAGAGGUCAGAAGCCAGAAUCACUAAAAUCAUUCAGCUCUGAUAAGGAUCUCAGUUACUGCAGGGAAGGCUUGUUAGAUAACAAAUUAAUGCAAAUUAGUGAGAAUUUUUUUGAAUGAUAUAAUAACAUCCAGCAAGGGCUGAAGGACAAAAAUAAUAAUGGAUGGUUUGUGAGCCAGCAGCCUGUAAGUAGUCACAGGUCAGAAAGAAGAUGCUGAAAAAGACCAAUGAGAAGGUGCAGUCAGGCUGACAAACUUCAAAGAGAAAAAGAAGCGUGCAAAGAAAAGCAUGAAAAGCAAAUAAUAUUGCUUGGUAUUAGCCGUGGUGGUGCAGCGGUAGCAUUGUUGCCUCACAGCAAGAGGUUCUCCCGUUCAGUUUUCAGC